ACAUGCAUAGCCACACACUUGACUAGUCAUCAAAAGGCACUCGCAGUGAAAAUAAUUAAAUACGUUUUUUUUUGUUUACUAACCGAAACUUCCGGACUUGAUUGGCUGGCUCGUUGACUUUGCCCGUGCCAAGCAUCGAUUUUCAGUCAUACACACACGCACACAGCUACACACCUGCUGACACACACACAUACACACAAAUACGCGUCCUUCGCUGGUUGCGCACUCACGUAUUCAUACCUCGUAUACCUCGUAUAGCUCGCAUAGUUAGUCAACUUCUGGUGGCUAAUACGCGCAGUUGGUCUCACAGUUAGCCACGGACAGUUCCUAACGCAACAAAAUGGCGGCAGAUCGAGAAUUUUUCAAUGAGAUUAUCAAUAAUAUAGACGAUAUAUUCGUGCCCGAUGAUCUGCACAGCGCUCGUCGUGAGCUCCAGGAUGGCGAAAUUGCGCGAACUCUCGAACGUUGCUACAGCGUCAUUACCGAGUCCGGGAAGCUGUUGAGCGCCUCGACCGUCUCGGCCUUGUCGCAUCGCAAGCCCUUGAGUGCCUCCUCGCUGCAGCUGUCCGUGACGAGCUAUUUGAGUCGGUUCCUCAAGCGGCCCGUCUACGAGAAGAUAAAGCGCCGGCAAACGCGCCUGGAUCACAAUCUCUUCGAUGUGCUGUGGCCGGCGAUGCGCAAGACGUCGAAGCUGCGCCACCUGGAGGAGGACAUCAAUUGUGGCAUUAUAGCGCCCGAUUUCGAUGUGUUUGUGGUGUUUCAGGAGUUUCUGGUGCCGCUGCUCAAGGACAUGCACUGCCUGAGCAUCGAUGCGGAAUUCAAGCCGCAUCCGCGACUCGCCUACUUUCCCAUGGACAACGGCGAGCGUCUGAAUACGGCCGCAUUUGUCUACGACGACGAGUCGCAGCUGGUGACGCGUUGCAUUGUGGAGGCAUCACGGAAUCUGGACCAACUGGAGCUGCCCCUCAAUCUGACCAUUGGCCAGAUCGAGCAGGCCGAACGCCUCAUGAUGGGCCGCAUAUUUACGGCCAGCUUUGCCGAGGCCAUUGGCGAAACGGAAUCGGGCAGCUACUAUACGCUGACAGAGCUCAUGGAGCCGGACUCGGAGGUGGCCAAGCUGCUGGGCAGCCUGGGUCUAAUGAUACCCCUGCUCGAUGACAAGGAUCUGGUGCAGGCAGCCGAGUCGACGGCCUUCAAUGGCGCACUGUGGCCCUAUGGCCGCGGUGUCUACGUCAACUCCGCCCACAAUAUGGCGCUGUGGCUCAACUGUCAGGAGCAUCUGCGCGUCAUCUCGGCCAGCAGUGCCAAGGAUCCGGCGGAUAUGGGCGCCGCCUACACCCGGGUGGGUCGCGCCGUCACCUAUCUGGAGACACAGCUGCACUUCAAGGAGAGCUAUCUGCUGGGCUAUCUGCAGUCGCGGCCAGCCUAUCUGGGCACUGGCCUCAAGAUGACCACCAUUGUGAAGCUGCCCAAUCUGAUGAAGGAGCUGGAUAACUUGCGUCACCUGUGCUCCGUGCGCGGCCUGAGCAUGGUGACCAAUCGCCUGUCCAAGCUGACCGUGCGCUUGAUCAACAUGCAGAGCAUGGGCGUUGUGGAGUAUGUCCUGUUCCAGGACUAUUGCACCGCCGUCACCAACAUCCUGUCGCUGGAGAAGGACAUGUCGCUGACGAACUCCAAGCAUAUUGCCACCAUGCUGGUGAAGAUCUUCAAGCGCAAAAAGAAUAGCAUUAUCGAUCGAAACUAAUCAAAGAAACCAACCGCAAAAGAAACCAAAUGAAAAGCACAAUUCAUACAUUAAUCAAAUUCAAUUUGUAUUGUAAAUACAACCGAGCACAGCAAAGUAAAACUACUCAAAUUGUAAUAUAUAUAUAUAGAUAAACAUAUAUACAGCUACUCGAUCGAUACAUAGAGCUUACAAGCAAACAAACAAAAUAAAAUAAAUCGUUUUAAUUAAAUACCAAAAACCACAUCCUCAGCUUCGGCCGCAACGUCGCACGCAAAAAGUUUUCAUGAGAUACACGUCAGUCGCAGCCCGUUACCUUUCAGGCCAAUCCCAUCUUCAAGACGGAACAGGGCAAAUAUCUGGCAGACACUCUCGCCGAUCCAUUGAUC